AUGGGGACCUGCAAUGUGUUCUCUUCUGGCAAUGCAGAGAAAUGGUCCGUGGGAGGGAUCACUCUGAGUCUGAGCGAGACCCGGACUCCUGCAGCCUCCACGAGCACUGCCUCCUGGCCCAAGGAAGGAGUCAAGACUGAGAACAACGAUCCUAUUAAUUUGAAGGUGGCAGGGCAGGAUGGUUCUGUGGUGCAGUUUAAGAUUAAGAGGCAUACGGCACUUAGUAAACUAAUGAAAGCCUAUUGUGAACGACAGGGUUUCUCAGUGAGGCAGAUCAGAUUCCAAUUUGAUGGACAGCCAAUCAAUGAAACAGACACACCUGCACAGUUGGAAAUGGAGGAUGAAGAUGCAAUUGAUGUGUUCCAGCAGCAGACAGGAGGUGUCUACUAAAAAGGGAACCUGCAACAACCCUACUCCAGAACUCUGAUC